AUGAUGUGCUGUCUGUCUGCUGAAGCACGUGAACAAAAGCAAAUUAAUCGUGAAAUUGAAAAACAAUUACGUCUUGAUAAGAAAAAUCAAAGACGAGAACUAAAAUUACUUUUACUUGGUACUGGAGAAUCUGGUAAAUCCACAUUUAUAAAACAAAUGCGUAUUAUACAUGGCACAGGUUAUUCCGAAGAAGAUAAACGAUCAUUUGUUAAACUUGUCUAUCAAAAUAUAUUCAUGGCUAUGCAUUCAAUGAUUCGUGCUAUGGAUACGCUCAAAAUACAAUAUAGAGAUAAAAGAAAUGAGCAAGAACAUGCUUCACUCGUACGAGCCGUUGAUUAUGAAACUGUGACAACAUUUGAACCUCAAUAUGUUGAAGCUAUUAAAAGUCUUUGGAGUGAUCCAGGAAUAAAAGAAUGCUAUGAUAGACGCAGAGAAUAUCAGUUAACAGAUUCAGCCAAAUACUAUUUGGAUAGUAUCGAUCGAAUCGCUUCUCCGGGUUAUUUACCAACUGAGCAAGAUGUCCUACGUGUUCGUGUCCCAACAACUGGAAUUAUUGAAUAUCCAUUUGAUCUUGAAAAUAUCAUAUUUCGAAUGGUUGAUGUCGGUGGUCAAAGAUCUGAACGUCGAAAAUGGAUUCAUUGCUUUGAGAAUGUGACUUCAAUAAUGUUUCUUGCUGCAUUAAGUGAAUAUGACCAAGUUCUUGUUGAAUCUGACAAUGAAAAUCGAAUGGAAGAGAGCAAAGCAUUAUUUCGUACGAUCAUAACUUAUCCAUGGUUUACGAAUUCAUCUGUGAUCCUUUUUUUGAACAAAAAAGAUUUGCUUGAAGAAAAAAUUAUGCAUUCGCAUUUGGUUGAUUAUUUUCCUGAGUUUGAUGGUCCCAAACGCGAUGCCCAAGCAGCGCGCGAAUUUAUUCUUAAAAUGUACGUUGAUCUCAAUCCAGAUAGUGAUAAGAUUAUCUAUUCACAUUUUACCUGUGCAACUGAUACGGAGAAUAUUCGAUUUGUAUUUGCUGCUGUAAAAGACACAAUUCUUCAAUUAAAUCUAAAAGAAUAUUCUUGCUUUAAUUCAAACAUCACAAUACUUAAAAUCGAAACAAUGGCAGACCAAGAUACUACUGGUGUAAGUGCAGCUGAAUUAAAAAAGAAACGAACAUUUCGUAAAUUUACAUUUCGUGGUGUUGAUCUUGAUCAACUAUUAGAUAUGAAUAACGAACAAUUAAUGCCAUUAUUACAUUGUCGUGCACGACGUCGUUUAUCACGUGGUCUUAAACGUAAACCAAUGGCUUUAAUAAAACGUUUACGUAAAGCUAAAAAAGAAACACCCGAAUUAGAAAAACCACAAGCUAUUAAAACACAUCUACGUGAUAUGAUUAUUGUACCUGAAAUGGUCGGCUGUGUUGUUGGUGUUCAUCAAGGAAAAACAUUUAAUUCAAUUGAAAUUAAACCUGAAAUGAUUGGAUACUAUUUAGGAGAAUUUUCAAUCACAUAUAAGCCAGUUAAACAUGGUCGGCCUGGUAUUGGUGCAACACAUUCAUCUCGUUUUAUUCCACUCAAAUAA